UAAACAUAAUUAACUAACAAGUAAAAACACGUGAUGACAUUUACACUGUAAUUUUCAUAUUGACAUUCCAGUCAAGUUUAUUAUUUUAUUGUUUUUCAAAAUGGGCGUUAUGCAAAGAGUGGUAAAACCCAGGACAAAACGAGGUAAAAGGAUCUUGUUAAAAAAAGAACCAAAGAUCGUGGAGAACCCGAAGCAUGUUCUGUUUAUUCCUGGUCGUAAAUCAUCUUUAAAUGUCAGCAGCUGCAUGAAAGAUUUAUUAAAACUCAAGAAGCCAGACGCUGUUAUGUUAACCCAAAAAAAUGAUAUUUUGCCUUUUGAUGACGCAGUACAAAUUGAAAAAUUACUACAGAAGCAUGACUCAUCUUUAUUUUUCUUUUCUUCGCACAGCAAAAAAAGACCAAACAAUUUGGUGCUUGGACGUACUUAUGAUCAACACAUAUUAGAUAUGUUUGAAUUGGGCAUUGAAUCAUACAAGGGAUGUAGUGAAUUUAAAGGUUUAUCAGAAAUUUCAGUUGGUGUAAAACCAGUUUUAGUGUUUUUGGGUGAUCAAUUUGACAGUGAUCAGCAAUUAAAACGUCUACGAAAUUUAUUCAUUGACAUUUUCCAAAGACAACCAUUAAAACAAAUUAGACCAAAUGGCAUUGAGCAUGUCAUGUCAUUUACUGCAGUUGAUAGUAAAAUAUUAUUACGUUCUUACAGAACAAUUUUGUCAAAAACCAGUUUAAAAACUCCACAUGUUGAGCUGCAAGAAGUUGGACCAUCUGUCGAUUUUGUAGUUAGAAGAGAUCAUAUGGCUAGUGCUGACUUAUUUAAAACUGCUUGCAAAAGAUCCAGUAUAAAGGGUAAAAAAAUUAAGAGUGUACGUCGUGAUAAUUUUGGAUCUAAAUUAGGACGCCUGCACAUGACCAAACAGGAUGUGAACACUUUACAGACAAGAAAGAUGAAGGGAUUGAAAAAGACAUAUGGUGAAAAGAAAUUGAAAAGAAAGAGUGAUACUGAUAAAAAUGGGCCGGCCACUAAAAUACCUAAGAAUACUAGUACCAUCCAAAAUAAAAAAUUAAAGAAAUUCAGUAAAAAAGGAAGAAAAUUAAAGGGUGGACAAGUAUAAUAAAUAAUUUUAAUUUAUAUUU